AGUUACUAUGUAUAUUUAUGAAGAGAUUACUUUUGGGUUUUGAGGCUGGAAAGGAACCACGUCAUAACUUUUGGCGCAAAGUAGUGAAUCUGAAGAAGAAAGGGCAAAGGAGAUUGUACAAGUGGUCAUGAGUCAUGACACUGCUUCAGCUUCCCCAUCCAUCGUCCUCCGUCCCUAAAGACCAAAGGUUGUAUGGCAAUGCAAGUGCACUCGAUCCCUUUUCGCGUCACAAGGCUUCAUGGCAAGAGCUUGCCGGCGUUCUGGUAUUCUCAGCGAUUCCUUUCACUGCUGUCAAAGCUAUUGCCAACAGUACCUUCGGCGAAACACUCCGUAAACGAUUGGAAGAGAGAAAGAAGGUUGCUGUAGAGAAUUCUGCAAAGUUCAAAGCACUUGCACAAAUGGCAAGAAACGAUAGUAUCUGGUAUGGAGAAGAUCGCCCCCGCUGGCUUGGUCCAAUUUCUUAUGACUAUCCUGCUUAUCUUAAUGGGGAGCUACCCGGGGACUAUGGAUUUGAUAUCUGCGGGUUGAGCAAGGAUCCCGUGGCCCUUCAAAACUACUUUAAUUAUGAAAUAUUGCAUGGACGUUGGGCUAUGCUGGCUGCUCUUGGUGCUUUGAUUCCAGAACUGUUAAACCUGACAGGACUUUUCCAGUUUGUGGAACCUGUUUGGUGGCGAGUGGGCUACUCAAAGCUUAAGGGAGAUACACUUGACUAUUUAGGGAUCCCUGGACUCCAUUUAGCUGGAAGUCAAGGAGUCAUUGUCAUAGCCAUUUGCCAAAUCCUUUUGAUGGUUGGACCAGAAUAUGCAAGGUAUUGUGGGAUUGAGGCUUUGGAACCGUUAGGAAUUUACUUGCCUGGUGACAUCAAUUAUCCUGGAGGUGUUCUUUUUGAUCCACUGAAUCUCUCUAAAGAUCCAAUGGCUUUUGAAGAGCUAAAGGUGAAAGAAAUAAAAAAUGGGCGCCUUGCUAUGGUUGCCUGGUUAGGCUUUUAUGUCCAAGCCACUCUUACGGGUAAAGGCCCUGUGCAAAACCUUCUGGAGCAUGUCUCAGAUCCAUUCCACAAUAACUUGCUCUCCAUUCUAAAGUCUCUGUAAGAGAAUUCACUUAUCCAAAGUUGACAAUGGGGUUUAAGCCUCCCAGGUAUAAUUGUUCUGUCUUCUUUAUCUUUAAGGCUGUAAUAUGUGAACUCCUAAUUCAUAUGAAACUCUUCUGAAAAUAAUGUCAUACCUAGAAAAGGUGAAGACAUGUUGUGCCCAGAAGAGUAUUUGAGGUUGUCCAUACCAAUGGCAAUGAACCUUAUAUGGUCUUGUUUAUAAUGGGAUGUAAAAUGACUAUUGUUAUUGUUUAAACUUCCGAUUAUGAUGGGAUGUAAAUAAUAAGGAAGCAAGUAUGUUGUUAUUUAUU